GUACAUUCCAGAACGAGUUGAUAUAUCGAAUAAGUUCUUAUUGUUUGAACUUUGAAUGAGGACUUAGUCAAUGAAGGCUUUUCCUGGUUCACUAUUUUCCUCUUUGGUUUAGUUUAAAUAUUGGGUUGUCUAAGUUCUGACACUUCAAUUCAUAAUAAUAGUUUCGAUAUGGCGGAUUUGUUUCUAGGAGCAGCUAUAGGACCACCCUUUCAAAUACUGUUCGAUUGUUUGAUUAAAAUCCCAAUAGAGAAGGCUCGAAUGUUCAAAGGCACGCUCAUCAAGAUCAAAGAAACAGUCGAAGCUAUGAGCCCUUUUAUUAAGCAGAUAGAAGAGUCGAAUAUGGCUCUAGACAGGCAAUCAUCUGAGAUGAAAGGCUUUGUACUUAAAAUGAUAGAAGGGAAGGAGCUAGUUGAAAAGUGCACCAAGUAUAGUAAGUGGAGGUACAUGCACAAAAGGCCUGGCUACACUACCAAGCUUCAGGAUUUGGACGAGUCCCUUGACCGUUUGCUCAGGAUUUUACCUCUUCUGAUAGCCAGAACUACGAAUGAGACUCAGAUUUUGGUGAGGGAAAUCCAUGCCAGCACUAUUGGAAGAACAGACCAAGGGAAUCAUGGCCUUGUUUCUCGACAGAUUGAGGUAAAGGGCUACUGUCAUGCGCCUGAACCACCAGAUUUUACUGUUGGAUUGAGUGACUCUCUUGAGGACUUAAAGAUGAAUCUUCUGAGAGUUGAUAUGGUGACAGAACCAGUUUUAGUUACUGCUCCACCAGGAUGUGGGAAGACCACUUUGAUUAAAAAGCUAUGCAAUGAUGAUCAGAUCACAGGUACCCUUCUCUUAGCUAGAAUUGUUAUGUUAUUAUAUGUUAAUCCAUCAUUUACUGACAUAGGUUUCAUCUGUUUUGUUGUGUGUGUAGAGAAAUUCAAGAGCAACAUAUUGUUUGUAACAGUAGGAAAGAAUCCCAACUUGGGUCUUAUUGCUCAAGAACUUUAUCAACACAAGGGCUAUUCUGUAUCUACCUUCAAAGAGAACAAAGAUUCAGAACUCAAAUUGGAACAGUUUUUGAGAGAAAUUGGAAAAGAGCCUGUACUGUUGGUUCUUGAUGAUGUUUGGUUUGGAUCAGAGUCCCUUGUUGACAAGUUUGUUUUCCAAAUACCUGAUUACAAGAUUUUGGUGACAUCCCGGUAUCCAUUUCCAAGAUUUGAGCAUCAAUAUGAAAUGAAACCAUUGAGUUAUGAAGAUGCAAAGGCUAUUUUCCGGCAUUAUGCCUCACUUGAAGAUGGAAAUGCAGCCAUUCCAAAUGAUCUAGUAAAAAAGGCAGUGGAUCACUGUAAGAGAGUUCCUAUUGCACUUAAACUGAUUGGAUCAUCACUAAGGGGGCAGCAUCCCAGAAUUUGGCGAAGACAACUGGAGAAAUGGUCCACAGAUGGUUCAUCUAUUCUCAGUUCUGAGAGUGAACUUCUUUCUUGCUUGCAAACCAUCUUAGAUGUCUUGGAUGAAAAGCAUGCUAUUCUCAAGGAAUGUUUCAUGGAUAUUGGUUUGUUUCCUGAACUCAGAAGAAUCCCUGCAACUGCUCUCGUUGAUAUAUUUACAGAAAUGCAUGGAGUAAAAGAAGAUGAUGCCAUUGCUAAUCUUUAUGAGCUCCAAGAUCGAAAUCUUGUAAAUAUUGUUGUCACAAGAAAAGAUGCAGAUGAAGUGGAUGACUACUACAGUGAACACUUUGUUACUCAGCAUGGUAUGCUUAGAGAGCUUGCUAUACACCAAAGCAAGCAGGAUCCACAAGAAAAGAGGAAAAGAUUGAUUGUAGAAAUAGCUGGAAAUAAACUUCCUCAGUGGUGGAAUGAACAAAUAGAGCAGCCUUUCAAUGCCCACUUAGUAGCUUUUUCAACAGAUGAAUCAUUUACAUCAAAUUGGUGCGACAUCAAACUAACUGAAGCAAGAGUUCUAGUUCUGAAUUUUCAAACCAAGACUCAUGCCUUACCAGAGUUUGUGAAAAACAUGAGCAAACUAAAGGUUCUAAUAAUCACAAACUACAGUUUCUUACCAGCUGAAUUAACCAACUUUGAGCUGCUUGAUACCUUGACCAAUCUGACUAGAAUCAGACUAGAGAGCAUAUCGAUUCCCUCCCUGAAAGAAACUCACGUUGUACUGAAGAAACUGCAGAAGUUAUCUGUGUUCAUGUGUGAAUUUGGCCAAGCCUUCACUUCUAUCAAGAUAUCAGAAGUGUUUCCAAAUCUAGAAGAACUAAACAUUGACUAUUGCAAUGAUUUGGUGGAAUUGCCUUCAGGGGUUUGUGAUCUAUUCAAGCUGAAGAAGCUGAGCGUAACACAUUGCCAUGAUCUGUCUUCACUGCCUGAAGAAAUGGGGAACUUGGUCAAUCUGCAAGUGUUGAGGCUAAGAACUUGUAGUGAAUUGGAAAAGUUACCAGACUCCAUUUGCAGCCUAUCCAAGCUAACAUUUCUUGACAUAUCAGACUGCAUCAGCAUUAGGAACUUGCCUGAAAACAUCGGUCAGCUGCGUAGUUUAACAAAUCUAAACAUGAAGAACUGUUGGAGAUUGGUAGAGUUGCCUCCAUCAGUUCUGGACUUUAAACUGCUGAAAGAUGUGGUGUGUGAUGAAGUGCUAAAACAAGUAUGGGAAUUUUAUUUGCCUGCUGAUGCCAAUAUUGAGCUAAGGUUGGCCAAGGAUGAGGUUAACUUACAUUGGCUUGACUCUUGAGAUUGAGAAAGUCAUGAGGUUUGAACUGAGUUUUUUUAAAUAUCUUUGUUUAUUGAAAAGUUUGUUGUGAUGCGAUUCUUAUUCAUCUGAGCAUAUAAUAUAUAAACAUACCAAUAUUUUGUAACCUUAU